AUGAGUGACUACUUUUAUGCACCAAAUAUAGAUGAAAGGGGAACUUUAUUUAAUGUGAAGAGCCUGUUUGGUCAUCGACAGGUAAAGAAGAAUGUCAUGGAUUGUGUAAACCACGUAACUGAUUUCCUUGACUUUUAUACAGAGGGGAUGGUAUGUUUGUUGGCUUUGAAAUUUCUAAAUAUAAAGUCACUGGAUGAAAUUCCUAAUGAUCAUCCUAAGGACCCCAACAGAGAGAUGAAGAAAACAUACAUAGAUAAAAUAGCAUCAGAUGUUGUCCUUCAUAUAUGGCCACAUGUGAGCAAAGAUGACAUAUCAGAGGUGAUAGGUGAUGGUGAUGAUGUGACAGUAGAAGAUGAGGAUGAAGAAGAUUAUUGUAUUUGUAAUGGAGAAGGAGGGCUGAAUGGUAACUGGAUAGAAUGUUCAGCAGGUACAAAUUGUAGUGGCAAACACUGGUAUCACUUUGAAUGCAUGGGAGUGGAUGAGCAGGAUGCCAAACAAGAUUGGUGGUGUGAUGAUAAUUGUAAGCAGUGGUCAAUAUUCUGCUGUAAAAGAAAUGUAGAAGAUACGUGGAUUGGUUGUGAGAAUGGAGCCAUGUGUCAAAAUGGAGAAUGGUUCCAUCUACAAUGUAGAGGUUUAACUGAACUGCCAGAUGAAGCCUGGUAUUGCUGCGCUGAAUGUGAACAGGUCCAUGAUCCAAAUGUUGAUUCAAUAAAUGAAUACAGUAGUGCUGUCACGUGGCGUGGUUUAUACCACAUGGUCAACAAAGAUUGUGAAAGGGAAAAUGAUGGUGAUGGAAUGCUUAGUAACUGGAAAAUCAACAUGUUAGAUUUUUGGAAACAAAACCACAACAAGUACUUGAUACUUGGUCACAGAUUGAUAUCUUGUGCUUCAGGGUUUGUAACCAAACGUGUAGCUGCAGAUAUGAUCUGGAACAGCACGGCAAAUAUGGUAGGAGGGAAAGGGCACAACCUUGCACUGGACCUCAUCAACGAAUUCUUAAAUAAUGAAUUCAAAAAGAAUCUUAAAAACAGCCAUGGGCAGUACACAGAUCUACAAAUUGCUAGAUGCAGCCAAAUUGUUGGAAAUGUUGGAAAGGACCUUGAUAAGAUCUUUGCUGCAGAUAUUAUUGACAAGUUUGCAAAUACAUCAAAGACAUCAAAAGGAUCCUAUAAGAAGGACAUAGACAAAUUUGUUAAGGAAUACAAGGCAGAUCAUUUAUUUGAUAAAGUUGGGCAAAGAUAUCAUACUGGAUUCAAAGGAUUAAGGCAUGAGAUCCUAAUAAAAAAACCAACCAAAUUAAAGGCUCGACUGCAAAAGUACUCCCAUAUAUUGGACACACACAGGCGUAUAUGUGAAACACAGCCAUAA